AUGGGCCUCAAGAAUGACGGCGAGUUUGUGAACCGGAUGGGUCUCUCUCGUAAACACAUUCUUGACGCAGUAGAGGCAAGUGUGAAGCGCCUCGGAACGUACUUGGAUGUUCUUUGGAUUCAUCGACUCGAUCGAGAAACGCCAAAAGAAGAGAUUAUGCGGGCACUGAACGACGGAAUCGAGUGGGGCUGGGUGCGGUACAUCGGCGCAAGCUCGAUGGCUGCGUGGGAAUUCCAGCAGCUUCGAAACAUUGCGGAGAGGCACGGAUGGCACAAGUUUGUGGCAAUGGAAAACUUGUACAACCUGCUGUACAGGGAAGAGGAACGCGAGAUGAUUCCGUACUGCCAGAACACUGGGGUUGGCCUGACCCCUUGGUACGCAUUGGCGUCUGGGACGCUCGCGCGACCAUGGAAUGGGGAUAGUACAGAGCGGUCCAGAAAUGACACGAUUCGUGGCGUGUUACUUGGCAAGGGAGAAGAAGCUGACAAGGUCAUUGUCGACCGCGUGGAAGAAAUUGCCAAAAAAAGAAAGGCAUUCUCAUGGCACAAGUCAAUUGCUUGGCUGCUAAGCAAAAACUGUGACACCUAUUCUUGGUUUAGGUAA